AUGUAUGUGAAAUGGUUUGAUACAGUAAUGUUUUACUAUGUGAUUUUAGUGAAUUUAGUGAAUGUCACUUUUAAAAUUUUAAAAUUUCCCGCCAGUUCCGUCCCCGUACGUCCUGACAUCGCAGGGAACAGAACCCGGAAGACGGAUGCCGGCAUUGGCCAGAGGACAUUGCCAGGGACACUGCAGGGGGGACAUCACAGAAGCGCAGGACAAGUUAAGUGAAGAAGAGAUCCCAGAGCAGUGCCGCAUGGUAAGCCCGAGUGUAGCUCAGGGUUACCGCUUGUGCUACAUUCAGGAAUACCGCCAGGGAGGUUA